AAAUAGAUCAGAUAAACCUGAAAGUCAAAUAUUGAGAUUUUCAGAUAAUAACACGUUUAAAGAUACUUUUAGAACAUAUAAAGAUAUCACAGAAAAUGAAAAUAUGCAGAACAAAACAACACUAAAUUUUUUUUGGAGAAACACAGAAAUAGAUGACAAUAUUCUAAAAUAUACUAAAUCCAUAACAGAUUCAGAUAAAAUUCUAAAUAAGAUAGAAUUUAACUUCAAGGGGACAUCUGAAAAAAAAUGGAAAAAAUUCAAAUUCCAGAUUGAAUUAACUGUAGCAGAAAAUGUCACCUUUGGAAUUGACAAUAUUGAAGAAAAAUGGAAUUUUUUCCAAAAUGUCAUAAUUUGA